CUGUUCCAAACCAGAAACUGACAUAACUUACUGUCCGAAACUCAAAGACUGGGGUUUAACAUACGAUGAUGGUCCUUCGGCCAAUACACCAGCAAUUCUAGAUCAUCUUAAACAAAAUAAUCAAAAGGCCACAUUUUUCGUUAUUGGUUCUCGCGUUUUUCAAAAUCCCGAAAUUCUAAAACGAACCGUAGAUGAAG